GCUUCGCUGAUUUCCGCCAUUUUCUAAAAUUCAUUUUCAUGGCAAUGGUUUAUUAAACUACACAAAAACAUAGGCUAAUAGCAGAUAAUACAUUCCACACGUAUGAAUUGUAUAACAUAGCUGCCUUGUAAACAGGAAACGCCCAUGGCUUACGCUAAAAAUCAAUGCAGUAAUAUUGAUCUGCUUCUCAUUGGGAAAACCGGAAAUGGCAAAAGCGCCACCGGAAACGCAAUUCUUCGACGGAGGGUGUUCAAGUCGGUACCUAGUCCAAACUCUGUAACAAAACACAUUCAGAUGGAUUACUCCAACUUUAACGGUCGUGUCAUCAAGGUGGUAGACGGACCAGGUGUUGGGGACACUGACCUCAACCAAGAAAACGGCGUACAGCUUGUUCUGGACACCAUGAAAUUUGCUAUCGCGGCCAACCCAGAGGGCUACCACGCUUUUCUACUGGUUGUCCGGUUUGGGGGCAGGUUCACAGAGGAGGACAGGCAGACCAUCCGUGUACUGAAGGCUUGCUUUGGUGACGACUUUGUGUCCAAGUUUUGUAUCCUGGUGGUGACGUGUGGGGACAACUUUGAUCCGGAGGAAACGGAAACAAAUUCUUUUGACGAGUGGUGGCGCCUGCAGACUGGGGUGUUCAGAGAACUGGUCAAGGAAUGUGGACACAGGGUUGUCCUGUUUGAUAACAAGACAAAAGAUGAAAACAAGUUGAAUUACCAGCAGAGUAUCCUUAUCCAAAUGGUUGAUGGGUUAAGUGCCCUUGGUAUAAGAUAUUCUGACGAUCAUUUUAAAUUGGCUCAAGUCACCCGAAACCGCCAUCUUUUAGAGUCUAAGCUACCCAUGAUCCGUGAAGACAGUAUGAGAGAGACGAGCCUCAUCAUCCAACAGCUGGCAAAGAUCCAGCUUGAUGAACCAGAGAAACAGCUGGCAGACCUGCAUGAGCUGAAGAAACGCGCUGAUGUCUUGCUCAAAUCUAUCCAAGAAAACGACAAAGGAACCGGUGCUCUAAGCGCAUUGAUUAAAAAUGCCAGACACAUUGUGAGCUGUGUGGAGGACCAAAUCACCAACACCAAGACCGCCGUAGAACUCAACGAGAAACGGAAACAGCAAGCGGCGGAGAUGGAGAGGAUGAACAUUGAAAGGGAACAGCGACAAAAGGAACUUGACGAGGAACAUCGCCUGGAACUGGAAGAUAAAAUCCAACGGAUGGAAAUAGAACAUCAGGAGUAUAAGACCAGGAUGGAAUCUAUGGUGACCGGCCUGAAGUCAGAGUCACAGAAACUGCAGCAGGAGUACACCAAGGUCAGGGACAACCAGACGUGGGAGAUGGUCAAAUGUGUCGGUGCUGCUGUUGGCAAAACGUUUGAGGAGCACAUCCUCCCUGUCAUCGUGGAUGGGAUUAAGAGCUACAUGCACGGCAAGCUACAUGCACAGGUCAAGAAAUACCUAGAGGCUAAGAAAUCUGACAGCGAUGACGAUAAUGAUAACAAAUCAAAGGGCAAUCCAAAACUACGGGAACUUUAGGUUCACUUCCUGUACUAAUUGUUGUAAUUCUUUUAUGACAUGUAGUAUGAUUUUCACAUGUUUUAUUAUGUUGUGAUCAUUUCUUAUCAUCUAUUGCAAUUUUUGAAAAUUUCUGAAUGUUGUUUAAAAAAGGGCACUCAGACAUCAGGUCUGGAUUUAGAUUUGAUA